GAACUACUGUUGAAGGUGAUUUAUGAUUAAAUCCAAAUCGUACAGUACGUACUUUUAAACUUCAGCCCUAAUUUUUUUGAUUUGACUAAAAUGAACAUUCGUGAAGUACUCAGUCCUCGUAGAGAUUCCCUCGUGAAACUUUGAUUCGGUUGAAAAUUUGUCAAGGUUAUUCUUACCGGUAUAGAACCAAAUUAUUAAUGACUGGAUUCUAUCUCCCAGUAAUUGUGUAUUCCUGGAUUGAUAGUAUGGUGGUAACGGAGAUUGUAUUUCAAUAGUUUCGUCAUUAGAUCGCUAAUUCGCUGCCUAUUUUAUCUAGAAGUCGUCGUUGUUCGUCGUAUCCCAAUUAUUACCUCAAUAGGGUAGUUAGUUACUCAACUGCAAUAAAAUCUUGUGUGAUUCAGUUUUUACUAUCCUACGAUGGGUCAAUGUAUAUUACUAUGAAAAACUAACGUCGAGAAACCCAGCUAGUGCCUUAGGAAAAUUCAGAUUGGAAUCCUUUACGUUGGGUUGUUCGUAGCCAUCUAACAAACAAUUAAUCUUCAAGAAAGCAAAUCAAAUCAAAAAGCGCAACAAUUUUGUCGAUCCAGUAGUUACCAUAUUCUUGUUGAAUUGCGUAGAUGCAACUUCGAAGUUUUCAAUUCUGCGGCUAAACUGAACGCUUGCCAAGAUUCGUUGAUCGAAAAGUGUUUCAUUUCAACAUUCAACUGUAAAAAUGUUUUCCAUUUGCAAAAGUCACGCACAUCUGUCGAAGCAGUUAUAUUAUUUUCACGGAGGUACCACCAUAAAGAUAUUUCCCAAUCUGCGAGGUCGUAAUUACUUUUCAGAAAAGUCAUAUCACGUGCAAGUAACCGGAACAACUGUGCUUUCCAGCUCAAAGUUAGUUUAUUAUACUCAUAAUUCGUAUGUAAAACAGGAAUUUCUUGGAUUACGUUACAUGCACACAGAAAGUAACAAAGAGAGAAUUGCCUACUUCAAAAGACAUUCCGAUUUCUCCACGCAGUUGAAUUCUACCAUAAAAAACGAUCAUUUGACCGAGAAAAUUGGUAAUUUGGUGAAAGAAUGGCUCUUGCGUUUUGAUUCUUUGAGCGGAAAUGAAGCUAGUGUAAUUUCCGGCGCGUUCAAUAGUUUAUCAAGAUGUAAUAUUUUUAGUACCAAAUGGAACUCCGAUUAUCAAGAAAAUUUCAAAACGUUAAUUAUCAAGUUGGCUGAGAAAGGAAACCAGUUGUUAGAUCCAGAUAGUCAAACUUUUUCUAAAUUUACUCCUUGGCAGGUUGCUAAUACUUUGAACGCGUUAUCCAAAUGGGAUGUGUUGAAUAGCGAUGUAUGGGAAGGCUGUGUUCAAAUUAGUAACUGGAAAAUAGCAAAGGUUGAUUUAUUCAAAUCUAUGAUUAGUGGUUUGAUAUGUCGAGGAACUGCAAUAUUAGAGAAUGAAAAAGCUGAUCAAUUUGAUUCUAGGGGUAUCACUAAUUGUCUAAAUGCUUUAUCGAAAUGGAAUAUUGACGAAUUUAAUGGAUCUAAGAAAUUUAUCAGUUGUUUAGUAAAACGAGGCAUCAAAGUUAUUGAUCAGUUCAAUUCUUUAGGUGUUUCAAACAGCCUGAGUGCUUUGUCUUGGUUAAAUAUAAGCGAUUUCGAUGGUGCCAGAGAAUUUAUUGUACUGCUGUGUCAACGAGGAAGUUCAACCAGUGAUAGAUUCACUCCUCUGAGUAUUGCCAAAACAUUGAACACAAUGUCUAAAUGGAACGUCGAAGAAUUGCGAGGAGCCAAGAAGUUCAUAAUUUACGUAAUGAAGCAAGGAACCUCGAUGGCGAAUAAAUUCAAUUCCAUGGAGAUCGCUCACAGUUUGAACGCUCUGUCUAAGUGGAACGUUGACGAAAUGCAAGAAGCUAGAGGUUUUAUUGUUUCAUUAAUUAAACAUGGAAACUCUAUUAUCGAUACAUUCACUUGCCAAAGUAUCAGUAACAGUUUAAAUGCGUUUUGCAAAUGGAAUAUUGAUGAAUUGCACGGUUCCAAAGAUUUCAUCGUUCGGUUAACAAAACGAGGAAGCUCAAUUGCCGGUGGUUUCAAUCCUCAAGAGAUUGCCAAUAGUUUGAACGCGGUGUCCAAAUGGAAUAUUCACGAGCUGCAGGGAAGUAAACAUUUCAUCGUUGAAUUGGUCAGAUGUGGAAUACUAACAGCUGAUUCAUUCGACUCUUUGAAUGUUUCUAGCUCCUUAAAUGCGCUUUCCAAAUGGGAUAUCGACGAAUUGAAAAGAACCAGAGAAUUUAUUACUCGAUUAAUAAAACGCGGUCGUUCUUUAAUCAAUACAUUUGCAUCGUGGCAUAUUGCCAACAGCUUGAACGCUCUCAGUAAAUGGAAUGUCGACGAAUUCGAAGGAGCCCAAGAGUUUAUCAUCGAGCUACUGAAGCGAGGGAAUUUCUUAGUUGAUGGAUUCAAUGCUCAAGAGACAGCAAAUAUCUUGAAUGCUCUAUCUAAGUGGGAAAUUGACGAGUUCAAAGGAAGUAGAGAAUUCAUUGUUCAUUUAAUUAAACGUGAGAAUUCAAGGAUCACUACAUUUGAUCGUCAGGGAGUUAGUAAUUGCUUAAAUGCUCUUUCUAAAUGGAACAUCGAUGAAUUGGAAGGCGCUAAGGAAUUUAUUGCAGAACUGGUCAAACAAGGGAAUUCAAUUUCUAGUGAAUUCAAUUCGCAACAUGUCGUUAAUAGCUUGAAUGCCCUAUCAAAGUGGAAUAUUGUUGGAUUUCAAGCAGCUCAAGAUUUUAUCAUCAAUUUAAUUACUCGUGGAAGUGCCAUCGUUGAUGAAUUUAGUCCCAAAGAAAUCUCCAGUGGUCUGAAUUCGGUAUGUAAAUUGAACAUUUUUGAUGGCGAGAAAUGGAACGAUAAUCAGUUGAAAAACUUCAAACGUUUCAUUAUUAAACUUGCUGAAAAAGGGACCAAAAUAUGCAGUGAGUUUGAUUCUAGAUGCGUCGCUGAAAUGUUCUAUUCUUUUUCAAUAUUGGAAAUUCUGAGUAAAGAAAAAUGGUCGCAAGAUGAACGGAACCGGUUGAAGAAUUUCCUUGUCAGUCUUUCUAGUAAAGAUGCUUACUAUAAAAAUUGCACUCUCCAGGAGAUUUCAAUAAUAUAUAGAACGAUAUCUGAUUGGAAUAUUCUUCACAGUAAUGAAUUUGAUUCGAAACCGGUUAAUAAGUUCGAAGAUUUCAUCAAUAAUCUGGAAAAUCGAUUUCUCGCCCUUGGAAAUGAACAGAAUUCGGUGAAACCUGAAGUUAAUAUCAAAUCUGCCAUUCUAAUCAUCAAAAGUUUUCCUGGACUCAAGUCUAAUAAUCUUAUCCAAUCUGAAAAUCCGUUCCUGGUUUCGUUGAUGUGUUACUUAAGUAGUAAUGUAGAGAAAUGCGAAUCUUCUCAUUUGAAACAAGAUUUGAUUCGAAGAAGUAUUUUGACUGGGUUGCGUGAUCUUUUAAAAAUUGUCAGUGAAUUGGAAGACAGACACACUUUGGAUGGAGCAUUUGAUGAGAGUUUGUCUAAAAUAUACAAUACGGUGGUUGGAAUUGAUUUGAAUCAUAUUGAUGAAAUAGUAGAAGUAGUUAAUGAAUUUGAUAAAUUGCAAGUAAUUCGAGAUAUGCAGUUUUUGUCUAAGUGAAUGAUCGUUUUCCAGCUGUGAUAAUUUAGGGUUGAAAACUUAUUUACCAGAACGUGUUAAUUUUCGAUUUUAGGAAAAUUUCUGUUUAAAAUAAAUUUAAAUAUCAAACACAUCUGAAAUACGUACAAAAAUGAAGAAUUUUGUCUGCGCUGUUCAAAUUAAUUUUAAUUACCUGUGUUUUAUUUUUUUAGUGUACUUGUAAGUAUGGGAUGUAAUUUUCAAUAAAUCGAUUGAAAUAUUGAAA